AUGGGUCUGGCGGCCACCUCCGCCGGCUUUGGCCGCGCGCCGCAGCAGCGCCCAUGCCCAUCGAUGCAUCCACCCGCGUGCCCGGCGCCAGGGCGGGGCGGCCGGCCCGUGGCGCCGCUGCGCGCUGCGCCAGACGCGCCGGGGAUGGACGACGCGCGGCGGGGGCUGGACAGGAUGAUGGAGGCGCCGGGGAUCUCGGGGCGGGAGCUGAGGCAGCUGGUGUAUGACAAGUGGGGGCGGUCGUACGACGUGCGGAUCCACAAGCGGGGCCCCAGGACGUAUCUCCAGGUGAUGUGGAAGUAUCUGGAGCAGCAGAGCUUUCCACUGACAGAGGCGGAGUACCAGGAACAGCUGGACGCUGUGGCAUAUGUGUUGACGGAGUGGGGUGCCGCCAGCACAGUGCGGCAGGGCAUAGCGGCAGCCAGGCGGUCGGGCCCAGGCUACACAGGUGGGGGAGGUGCAAAGGCAGUGGCCAUUCCAUUGGCAGUGGACCUGGAGGGUGAGCGGGGGGCUGAGUGGGGAAUGUGA